CGCCUCUCGGCUUGCUGCCAUCCUCCAUGCUUGAGGAGGAGGAGGAGAAGGUCGAGGAGAAGGCUGCCGACCAGAGCGAAGCGCCUGUGGCCAGUCGCGCCGUCGAGGCUGUGGCCGGCAGCCACUGGAACGAUGAGUACGGACCGCUGGGUUACGGCAGCUUCAACUGCGUCUGCUGCAAUGCGUGGCUACUGCUGCUGCUGCUUCCGACGCUCUUCCUGCUGCUGGUUGCGCCGGGGCUCGAGCUGGAGCACGGCAGCACGCUCACGAGGGCCGCGCUCGCACUGUUUGGUCUUUCUGCGCUCUUCUUCUGCCUCGUCUCGAACACCAACCCCGGCGUCGCACCGCGGACGGCGCCGUACAUCGUCGGAGGGCGCGAGCAGGGCUUCGAGCACCCCGGCGAGGCGUACUCGUACUGCCAGGACUCCAACCGGUACGUGCGCGGGUUCGACCACUCUUGCGACUUUGUCGGGAACGACAUCGGCGACGGCAACAUGCACUACUUCGUCGGCUUCCUGCUCAGCCUCGCCUCCUUCGCCACCUUCCUGACCGCCUGCUGCGUCCUCUCCGUCUACGAGAUGGCUGCCCCGCCCGGCCCGACUCUCGCCCUCGAGCAUGACCCCCUCAAGAUGACCAUCGCGCUGCUGCUGCUCGUCCUCGUCUUCUUUUGCUUCCGCGGCUGCGCUCGCUCUGAGGCGUGCGAGGGGGUGCUGCCUUUGAUCAUGCUCAUGCCGGGCGCGGUGGCGGGCGCGUGGCUGCUGGCGCUAGUCACGGCCACCUUGGUGGUGAUGCCGCUCGUCACAGACAUGUGGGCAGACGUGAGGCCGAGCCACAACCCGGCUGCCCUCUUCCUCAUCCUCCCCUACCUCGCCUUCGCCGUCCUCUUCUUCGGCAUGGCGGCGCACUGGGUCCACCUCUUGUGUGCGGGCCUCUCGCAGAAGCUCUGGCUCCGCAGCCGCGGCUACCGACGGCAACGGAAUCGAGCCUCCCAGAGCGGCGACGCGCUCGUCUGACACGUGCAAAGGGGCUGUAGCCAGGGGGCGGUGUUCGGCAUAGCGAGGGCCACACCCCGCGACUUACUGGGGAAGCACCCCGGAGAGGCUGGACGGGAGAGUAUGGAGCGAGGAGGAGGCAUCAGAUCGCGUAUAUAGAGCGUGUGGGACUCGGCCUCGCGGUGGAGGAGAGAUCGGAAGAGAAUCAGGUUGUUAGACGGGUAGAAAAGAAAGAAGAAGAAAAC